ACCGUUACCCGGCAACCUCUUUUAGAGACUUAACAUAAAGGAAUCGGUCUGUUGCUAAGUAACAGGGUAAAACAGGGCAACCCGGCUGUUUUUAUAUACUUUAUAUUAAUACAAAGUAAAAGUAAUCAGUCUAUUUCGUUGUCCCUGCAGAGUCUAAACAACAUGGAUUCGGACUCUUCUUCCAUGGAUGAGGAGUUCCUGCAGGAAGCUUUAGUUGAACAACUCACUGAAAAUGAAAAACGGGCCCUACACAAAUACAGUCUUGAGAGUCUUCACCAUAGUGAAUUCAUCACUUUGGUCUUAGAAUUCAAAGACAUCAUGAAGAUGGACUUCAUACAUGAUUUUACAUCUUUGGUAAGACUGGAUCUUAAUAACAACCUCAUAGAGAAGAUCUGGGGCCUGGACCAUCUGACUAAUCUGACCUGGCUUAAUCUGUCGUGUAACAGGAUCAAGAACAUUGAGGGUCUGGAGUCCCUGAAGAAGCUUGAACUGCUGAAUUUGGCCUACAACCAAAUCUCUCUCCUUAACAACAUGGAUACACUUGAGAACCUCAGUCACUUCUUCAUUUCAAAAAACCUCAUCAGACGGACAGACACUCUGCUCUACCUCAGGAGGUUUAAAAGCUUGUUCAAGCUCUCCAUCGCUGGAAAUCCUUUGACAGAGAAGGACGAUCGCUCGCUUUAUGUUGCUGCCUUCUUCCCAAAUGUGACCCUCUUAGACAACAUUUUAAUCGGUCAAAAGAUGAGAGAUGAAGCCAUCAUAAAAUACCAAAUUGAACUUAAGAAAUUUAGACCCGAAGAGUUGCAGGCGCAAAACCAGGAUGCAUCUGUUAACAAUAUUGUACAAAGUUCAUUUCACAGCAAGGUAAACGACGAUACAAAGGCAACAGAGCCACACUGCCUUCCAGGAGUGGCUCAGAUGCCUCAGACAGCUGAGAGCCCAAUUUUUGAGCUGUGCUCACAGAUAUUUCCUGUAGACUCAGCUGAGCACAAACAAAUGGAGGCAGAGCUGAACUCUUUCUUCUCUGGUCAGAUUGAGACUGAGACUUACUACCAGCAGAGGGCGUCACAGAUUCUAGCAGACUUUGAUAAGCCGGACAUACAGAGGAGAAUCGAAAUAAAGAAGCUAGAAGACCCAGAGCUAAAAAAGAUCAAAAUCAACAAAGGCAGUGAUGAAAUCUCACAGCUCUGUGAAAGCCUCUUGAAUAUGGAGUUUGAGUUGGUUGGAAAUCUAGACUGCAACAUCAAACUCCUCGAAAGCAGCAUCUCAGAGAUAGUGUUUACAAGCAAAGAUUCAGCCAGCCAUAAUGACCUCCUUGAGACAAUCAAUGAAACAGAAAAUCAGGUUACACGAGUUAAUGACUCGAAAGCAGCUCUCAUUAAAGAGCUUCAGGAUAAAGAGGAACAGAGGAACCGAGUCCGCAUCUCAGACAUUCACCGAUAUGUCGACUAUUUGAGGAAACAACUAAAGGACUUGGAUUGAUAUUAUUACAAGAUUUCAUUGCACCAGAGAAGAAAUGUAUCUUACAAUCUCUGCACUGCUACAAUAUUUAGCAAAUAAGUAAUAAUAGCAUUGGUCCAUUUAUUUUUCCCUGUUUUUAGCUAAAAAAUGUGUUAUUACAGAUACAGACCCUUGCAAGUGUUUGGGAUAGACCAAUGUGUUUGGGGCAUAUUUUUGAAGUCAAAGAAAAUUCUACGGGGUUUUUUUCAUUAUUUUUAAACAACAAACUGAAACUGUGGCAUGCAAAUUCAGCACCCUGUGCUCUGAUACCACUAAAUAAAACAUUUGGUCCA